GCCGCCCUCCCCUCUUUCGUCUUCCCCUCUUUCUUCUCUCUUUUCACUCUUUUUGGUUUUCGUCCUCAGCUUCUUCCGCCGGAGGUCGCCGGUCGCCGUCGCAUUAGGUAGGAUUUGUAGGGUAAGCCCACCCACAAUUUUGCCCUAAUACAUCGACUCCACAGUCCUCAGCCGCCGCCGCACUAGAUUCUUCCCCCAUCUUCUUCUUCUCCAGUUAUUUCCUUUCUUCCAUCUUUCUUUCCUCCUCCUUUUUCAUCACAGUCGCCAUUGCCGGUUCAAAAUAAAAAUAUUACUCGCGGGUACCACACCCUAAAAUCGACGUAGUAUAUUCGAAGCAUAAUAAACCCUAAACCCAUUCACCUCUAAUCUCCAUUGUCUACCUCAAAACUAUAAAUAAAACGUUUGUUAAUCCGUGGAAAGUUGUUCAGUCGCUUCUGGAUGCCGCAGCAGCCGGCCAUGGCGACGAUAGAUUUCUCAGCCGCUUCUGGACGGACCUCCGCGAAGAUGAAUCUUCCCACCUUACAAUCCAAAAUGAAGCAAGAUCCCGAGGGCUAUAGUUCCGAAUUGAGCCUUAUUUAUAACCAAUUCAAGUCUGGUCUCGAGCUAUUCAAGCAGCAAGCUGCCCUAAAUUUCACAUCGCUAAGUGGCGUUGGCGGCGUCGACACGACGGUCGCGAAGAAUUUGAGCGAUCGCAUAACGUUUCUAGCCCAGGUCACGCCAUUUUACCGUAAAGAAUUGGCGCAGUUUCCGAACGAUUUAAUCGAGUUCUUGAAUUCUUCUUCUGCACGGAAUUUACCAUCGGGUCUCAGACUGCACGCAGCGCAAGCUUUGAUUCUUUUGAUCAACCGAAAGAUAAUUGAUAUUGCAGAUACAGUUGCUGUAUUUAUGGAUUUUCAGACAAUGGGGGACAGAGAAUUGAAGAAAUUGGCUUUUUCUCAUGUUAUUCACAGUAUUAGACGGAUGAAUCAGAAGCAUAAGAAUGAUCCCCAGAACAAGGGGCUUCAGAAUAUUAUGUUUGGAUUGUUGCAGCAAGAGGAGGAAGCAAAAGCAAAGAGAGCACUUAUUACAUUGUGUGAUCUUUAUCGGAGGAAAGUGUGGUUUGAUGACCGGACAGCAAAUGCUAUAAGCACGGCAUGCUUCCAUUCAUCGUCAACUAUUAUGGUUGCUGCCUUGUCAUUCCUUCUUGAUUUUGAGAAGAUUGAGGAUGAUGAUGAUGAUUCUGAGGAAGAAGAUGACCAAAUAAUACAGCAACCUCAAGUAGUACUUAGUAAAGAGGCUAUCUACAAGGCAAAUAACAAAGGUACAACAUCAAGUAAAAAGAAGAAGAAGGCAAAGUUACAGCGCAUUGCUCGUAGUAUGAAGAAGCAACAACGUCUAUCGUCUGAGAGAAGUAAUUCAAACUACUACUGUUCACCACUAAAUCAUCUAAAAGAUGCUCAGGGUUUUGUUGAAAAGUUGUUUUCUCGCUUGCAAUCGGGAAGCAAUGAGAGGUUUGAGGUAAAAAUGAUGAUACUUAAAGUUAUUGCCAGAACCAUCGGCCUCCACAAGUUGAUUUUGUUAAAGUUCUACCCUUUCCUCCAGAAAUACGUGCAGCCACAUCAACGAGAUGUCACAAGCCUACUCGCAGCGGCUGUACAGGCCUGCCAUGACAUGAUACCGCCUGAUGCAGUCGAACCAUUGUUUAAGCAAAUUGUUAACCAAUUUGUACAUGACCGAUCACGUCCUGAGGCCAUAUCUGUCGGACUAAAUGCAGUUCGCGAAAUAUGCCUUCGCAUGCCAUUGUUGAUGACUGAAGAUUUGCUUCAAGAUCUUGUCCUGUAUAAAAAAUCACAUGAGAAAGCAGUUUCUUCAGCCGCGCGUUCACUUCUUACCUUAUUUAGGGAGGUUUGUCCAUCGCUGUUGAUCAAGAAGGACAGGGGGAGGCCUGUCGAUCCAAAGGCCAGACCAAAAGCUUUUGGCGAGGUACAUGUUGCAAGCAGUAUUCCGGGUGUCGAGUUAUUAGAACAUGAAAGUGAUGAUGCAAGUAGUGAUGAUGAGGGAGAUGAAGACAAAGACAAAGAUGCUACCAUCGAAGAGGAUGGAAGCGAUGAAAGCUCUGAACAUUAUGAAUCUGGCGAUUCUGCUCAAGAAACAGACGAUGACAGCGAAGAAGAAGAAGAAGAAGAAGCUGAAGAUUCCGAUAAUUGCGACAGUGACAUGGAAGAAGAAGAAGAAGAAGAUGAUGAUGAUGAGGAAAUUGAGCCCCAAUUACCAGAAAGCGAUAAUGAUAACAAUACAAAGGAUACUGAUGCCAAUGGCGAGAAAUCAAGUGGAAAGAAAAGAAAGUAUUCUGAUUUCGAGGGACAACUGAAUGCAGCAAGUAAAAGUCUUCGCGCUCUAAAGAAAUUAGCUAGACCAGCUGUAAAUGUAGUCGAUGAAGAUGGAAUCCUUUCUAACGAGGACUUCCAAAGAAUAAAAGAGCUCAAGGCUAAGAAGGAGGCUAGGGCUGCAUUAACGCAUCAUGGUUUCAAGAUUCCAAGCUCAGAUCAACUUAGCUCCAGAAGAGUCGAUGCUGCCAAACUUGAGGCUAACAUAAAGACGAAAUUAAGCAAGGAAGAAAAAUUACAAUUGAUAAGAGCUGGGAGAGAGGAGAGGGGAAAAUACCAAGCUCGAACUGCUCUUAAAAAGAAGAAGACUGGUGGUCUAAGCAAUCGGCAAAAGGAGAGCAAAAAAGUGAUGCCGCUGGCAGCAAAAAGAUCCAAGAGGGCCAAAUCUCGGCAAGAGAAGAAGAAACUACGACAGCGGUCGGGAAAACAGUUCCGAGGAAGGAAAGCUUGGAAAUAAUUAAGGAGAAUUGAAUUAUUGCAUGUUUACUUUUGUUUAUUAUUUAAGAUUAUUAUUUGACUUGUAUAAUGUGAAUGUGCUCAAGUGCUGAUGAUUUAUUCUUUCUAUAAGAAACUAAAUUAAACAGUCUCAAAAUACUAUGGACUUUAAAAUUAUUAGUCACUCCUCCUUUCUUAGAGUUAAGAGGGUUUAGGUUGUAAAACCACAAGUCAAUUGUAAAUAAAUAAAAUAUCUGUGCAUUUGACAUUUUACUA